UAAACCCGCCUCUGAGCUUCGCACAGCACAUCCACACACACGAACAGUCCUCAGCUCAGACUGAAAGCAGAGUCAGUCAGCUGACCGCUCAACACAGCCAUGCUCUGUCUGCUCAAAUUUACCCCUCUGUUUUUGGUGGUGGCCGUCGGUCACGGCUGGCUUUUUGGAGAUCUUUUUGAAAAACAAAAAGAGUUGGAUGAAAUCUCUCUCUGGCCUCUACCGCAGAAAUACCAGUCGUCCGCGGUCGCUUUUAAACUCAGCCCCGCCAGCUUUCAGAUCGUCCACGCCAAACAGUCCACCGCCGGACCGAGCUGCAGUCUACUCGAGAAUGCAUUUCGCAGAUAUUUUGAAUACAUGUUUGGAGAGCUGAAGAAGCAGGACAAGAGCCGAAAGAAAGCGUUUGAUUCGGAUCUCUCGGAGCUGCAGGUAUGGAUCACAUCAGCUGAUCCGGAGUGCGACGGUUACCCGAGUCUUCGAACCGACGAGUCAUAUUCGCUGUCGGUUGAUGAAACCUCAGCUGUGCUCAAAGCUGCUAAUGUAUGGGGAGCUUUGCGAGGACUGGAAACGUUCAGCCAGUUGGUCUAUGAGGAUGACUAUGGAGUUAGCAAUAUUAAUAAGACCGACAUAUCAGAUUUUCCACGAUUUGCCCACCGAGGAAUCCUUCUGGACUCAUCUCGCCAUUUUCUGCCACUCAAAGUCAUUUUAGCCAACUUGGAGGCUAUGGCCAUGAACAAGUUUAACGUCUUCCACUGGCACAUUGUGGAUGAUCAGUCAUUUCCUUUUAUGAGCCGUACUUUCCCAGAGUUGAGCCAAAAGGGAGCCUAUCACCCAUUUACACAUGUCUACACUCCGUCUGAUGUGAAGAUGGUCAUUGAAUUUGCUCGUAUGAGGGGGAUCAGGGUCGUCGCAGAGUUCGACACCCCAGGACACACGCAGUCAUGGGGCAAUGGCAUAAAGGAUCUGCUAACACCUUGUUACAGUGGCUCUAGUCCUUCAGGAUCAUUUGGGCCGGUGAACCCCAUCUUAAACUCCUCUUAUGAGUUCAUGUCCCAGCUUUUCAAAGAGAUCAGCACAGUCUUUCCUGACGCUUACAUUCACCUAGGGGGAGAUGAGGUCGACUUCUCUUGUUGGAAGUCCAAUCCUGAUAUUCAGAAGUUUAUGAAUCAGCAGGGCUUUGGCACAGACUACAGCAAACUGGAGUCCUUCUACAUUCAAAGGUUACUCGAUAUUGUGGCUGCUACCAAAAAAGGUUACAUGGUGUGGCAGGAGGUGUUUGAUAAUGGGGUCAAGCUGAAAGCCGACACACAGAUCCAUGUGUGGAAAGAAAGGCCGCAGUACCAGGAUGAGAUGGCGCAGGUAACGGCGGCUGGUUUCAGCGCUCUGCUCUCCACACCCUGGUACCUCAACCGAAUCAACUAUGGCCAGGACUGGGUGGACAUUUACAAAGCCGACCCCCAAAACUUCAAUGGCACAGAUGCACAGAAAAAGCUGGUGAUUGGUGGAGAGGCUUGUCUUUGGGGAGAGUAUGUGGAUGCCACCAACCUCACUCCUCGACUCUGGCCAAGAGCCAGUGCCGUCGCUGAGAGGUUAUGGAGUGAUGCAAGCGUGACAGAUGUCGGAAAUGCUUAUAUUCGCCUGGCCCAGCAUCGCUGUCGCAUGGUCAGGAGAGGCAUACCUGCAGAACCUCUAUUUGUUGGUCACUGCCGUCAUGAGUACAGGGGUCUGUGAAUGCCAUGAUUUAGUUCACAGUAGACAACUAAAGGGAAGGACAAAACAGUUUUUGUUUUUACAGAUUAAACCAUGUUAGCCAUUUGGAAAACUAUGAUUUGCUGUUGUAUGCACUGAGCCAGUUAUCUAAGACUUGAUGUUUGUGAUUUUUAACUAUACACGUUUUUAAAUACUUAGGUUUCAGGUUUAUUAAAUGAUAAGGAAUAUUCUUGUGAAUAAAUUUUAUGGAAUGUGUUUUAUAAUGAACGCUAGGUAUAUUCUGAGGGUUUACAUGAUUGUAAUACUGCACUAAGUUUAUAUAUUUAAAUAAAUACGAUUUCUGAACGCA